AAAAAUUUUGGUCAUUCGGUACUCUGCGGUAGGACAAGAUAGUCGAGGAAAUGGCUCCAAUAACGCUGUACACGACUCGUCGAUCGGCACCCGGUAGAGCUGUCGAAAUUGUGGCCAGACUUUUGGAUUUGGAAAUGGAAACAACAUAUAUAAACCUAGCCAACAAAGACCACAUGACACCGGAAUAUUUGAAGAUGAAUCCACAACAUACCGUACCAACAAUCGUGGACGAUGGAGUUGCCCUUUACGACAGCCAUGCCAUUAACGUCUAUCUGAUCUCAAAAUACGCCAAAAAUGAAGAUUUGUACCCACGGAAGGAUUUGAUAGCUCAAGCGCGUAUCAACGCUUGGCUGCACUUUGAAUCAGGCGUUUUAUUUUCCCGGCUCAGAGCUACACUGGUUCCAUUUUUCUACCACGGUGCGAAGAAAAUUCCUUCGGAGAACCUCGAGGGAUUCCGUCAGGCCUAUGAGCUUCUGGAGGCUACCUUGAAGGGGAAAUUUUUAGUUGGUGAUUCCCUGACACUGGCUGAUAUCAGUAUCUGUACAACGUUAUCUACCGCAAACUACCUAGUCCCCAUUGAUAGCCAGAGGUUUCCAAAGUUGGCAAACUACUUGAAUGAUUUGGAACGCAAUCAGCCCUGGUUCGGGGAACUCAACACGGAUCGGAACAUUAAGAAUUUGGCAACCAUUAAGAAAACUAUUGAAAAAAAUGCUUAAGCUAACUUAUAAGGGCAAAUAAACU